AUGGCACCCAUUGACAUUGUUGUUCCCCAGCCACCUACUUUUCCACGACCGCCGGAGACUCCUCCUAGCAGCCCUCAUCUGCGCACGUGUGAGCAGGUCCACACCUUGAAUACCGGACAAUUUCAAGAGCUAUUGAAAGCUAUUAAAGCUAUUCAAGCUAUUCAGACCCCACCAGCUCCUGGAGAUGCCAAUCAGCCGACGGACAUCAAGGAUUCAUCAAACGACAAGCAGCAAGCUCCUGCCAGAGCCUCAAAGCUGGAGUUUAAGACGGUGAACGAGAUCUGGGACGCAAAGGCGUAUGAGUAUAAAAUCGCUGAGCCAUCGAAGGAAUUGAGCGAGUUGGAUCAAUACGUAUUCGUGGUUCGCCAGCGUAUUGGUACGUGCGACGAUUUUUGUAUACGCCUCUCUAAUAAUGAUGGCUUAGACAAGAUAACGAUGGACCUCACAUGCUAUAUUGAUAUCAAAUCAGAAGAGCUGCGGGACAUCUUGAGGACAGUCUUGCGAGACGUCCAGAUCAUUAAUUUAAAUGAGGACAAGCCCACGGUCGAGCAAAAUUUGUUGUAUAAUUACAUCCGCGAACUAGAAUCGUAUCAGAGCAACACCGAUGCUAGCACCACACGCAAUACCACAUGCUCUAAGCACCUAGACCUCUUGAUUGGCUUCAUCAAGACGUCCUACAAGUCUACGGCCCAGCGCUUUCUCUCGCUCCUGCAAAAUGACGAAAUUACCUACGAUUUGCUUUGGGCACUCUUUAAACCAAACUCGGUGGUCUAUACGACUUGUUUUGGAACCGAUAAGCCACGCUGCGUCCUGUUUGAUGGCGGUGAAGAGAAGGCAACAAAUUUCGGGGUCAAAUAUUACAAUAUGGAGUGUCGGUACUUGGAUUACAACGGCCAAGUUUUUGGGGAAGCUUCGGUCGAUCUGGCUAUUUUCAAAUUCCGCGGGAGAAAACGUAUUAGCACACUCAAAGCAUUUCCUCUUCAAUACCAUCCGGACGAGGAGGGGAUCAAAGCCCAACUCACUCAAUGCGGCCGAAAGUUUGUCUCCAUGCUCGGGGCUCAUCAUCGUCAUUGCCAAGGCACAGCAUUCUACAUGAAGGAAGGAGAGCCCGUCAAGAUUUUUGUCGACAGCCGGGUCAUGCUCGAUGCUGCUUUCUUUCGGAAGAUGAACCCAAAUUACGCUCGACCGCAACCUCAAGAAUUAGUGAAGAAACGGACGGAAGAUGAUGGGUACCUGGAAAUGUACUCAGAGUCUUCGAAAAAGCGAGCCCUUGACCAAAUCAAAGACAAUGGCAUAGAGCCGACCCAAAUCGAGGAGAACAAGCUACUCAUCUGCUGUCCGACUCUUCCAGGCUUCGGUCUGGGGGACAAGCUGUGGAUGGAGUUUGCCGUCGCCGAUAUUCAAGACAUCAAAUGGUCUUCGUCCCCCUUUGAAUGCUUGACGAUCCCCCAAGAAGAGAAAGAGGUCAUCAUAGCCCUCGCGCAAACACGGUUGGGGCUGAUGCCUAGCGUCCCAUUCGACGACUUCGUGGCGGGUAAAGGAAGAGGUCUGAACGUGCUUUUGCAUGGAACACCCGGCGUCGGAAAGACUUUGACGGCGGAGGCGGUGUCUGAGCACCUCCAAAGACCGCUCUAUUCGAUCUCUGCUGGGGAGUUGAGCCUUGAUUCGGCGGUGAUGGAAGUCCAGCUUUCACGCGUCUUCCAGACUGCUAACCACUGGAAUGCACUGAUUCUUUUGGACGAAGCGGAUGUAUAUCUGGAACAACGCUCGAUGCAUGAUGUUGCGCGCAACAAACUUGUCUCGGUGUUCCUUCGCAAAAUCGAAUAUUGUGAGGGUAUCAUGUUCCUGACCACGAACAGAGUCUCCAACUUCGAUGAAGCGAUCCUCAGCAGAAUUCACCUUAUGUUGAAAUAUAACGAACUUCGUAUUGAGGCGAGAAACCAAAUCUGGGGGCAUUUUCUCCAGAGGGCACCUACAUCUAAUGGAGCAGCAGUGGUAGCGUGCAAGGAAAUCGACCGUUUGGCCAAAACGAAAUUGAAUGGUCGGCAGAUCAAGAACGUCGUUGCUAUAGCUCAUGCUCUGGCCACCAAAAAGAACACACAGGUAGCCUAUUCACAUGUCUUGCAAGCGGUCAAGGCGAGCGAGAACUUUUUCCGCGAAUUCAACGGCCCAAUCACGAUCGAUUCGCUCUGCGAGAAGACACCUCCAAUUGUCACCCUGCAUGUUGGUCGCACACUCAUCACCUUCGAGCUAGAACUGAUCGACCCUUUCGGAGAAGUCGGUGUUCCGCUCUGGACAUAUUUAUGA